UUUAAAAUUAAAAAAAAAAAGAAAGCUAAACGAGAAUUUUUAUAUUUUAUAAAAAUUUUAUUUCAUAUAUUCAUAUAUAAAUAUUCAUAAGGAUUAAAAACAACAACAUAAAAACAAAACAGAAAAAAAAAGAUGGCUUGUGGAAUAUCAUGUGUUGACAGAACAUUAAAUAAAUCGUUUUUUCGGCUGGGCGUUUUCAUUGGACAUCAUCCAGCAUAUUUUUUAAUAAUUCCAGUUUUAUUAGCAUUACUUUGUAUGACAGGUUAUCAACAAUUAAAAUAUGAAAUAGAUCCAGAAUAUUUAUUUUCACCAGUAAGAGGAGAAGGGAAGUCUGAACGUGCUAUUGUAGAAAAAUAUUUUAAAGUAAAUUAUACUCAUAGAUUUAAUGUUGGAAGAAUAACGCGUCCGGGUCGUUUUGGUCGUGUUAUUAUUGUAACGCAAGAUGGUGAUGAAAAUAUGCUACGACGUGAAGUAUUCCAAGAUUUGAGAAAAUUAGAUGAUUUAAUACAAAAUUCAACGGUAAAAUAUGAUGGUGAAACUUUUACAUAUAAAGAGGCAUGUGCCCGCUGGGAGAAUGAAUGUUUCUCAAAUGAUAUAUUAAAUUUGGAUUAUAUUAUGGAUGAUAUUGAGUCUGGUGAAUUGAAUUUAACAUUUCCAGUGAUGUUUAAUCCAGUUACAUGGGAUGCUCAUGCAUUUCCAGUUUAUUUUGGUGGAACAAAAGUAUCCGAAGAUAAUACAAUAAUAAGCGUACCAGCGAUUCAAUUAAUUUACUUUGUUACAGCUGACACCAAAAGACAAGAUGAAAGAGGUGCUGCAUGGGAGGAGCAUUUCUUAGAUAUAAUGGGUAAAGCAGAAAAAAAUGGAUAUUUCAAGCAUAUAUCGGUAGCAUAUUUCUCGUCAAAAACAUUAGAUCAUGAAUUAGAGAAAAAUACAAAAACAGUUGUGCCAUAUUUUAGUUCAACAUUUAUUUUAAUGGCUUUAUUUAGUGUAAUAACAUGUAUGAUGGGUGAUGCUGUACGUUCAAAACCAUGGCUGGGUUUAAUGGGUAAUAUAUCAGCAGUAAUGGCAACAAUGGCAGCAUUUGGUUUUGCUAUGUAUUUGGGUGUUGAAUUCAUUGGUAUUAAUUUGGCAGCACCAUUUUUAAUGAUUGGAAUUGGAAUAGAUGAUACUUUUGUAAUGUUAGCGGCAUGGCGUCGUACAUCUGUUAAAUUAAAAGUACCAGAACGUAUGGGUCAUAUGUUAUCGGAAGCAGCUGUAUCAAUUACAAUAACAUCAGUAACAGAUAUGAUAUCAUUUUGGAUUGGUAUUAUAAGUCCAUUCCCAUCAGUUCGAAUAUUUUGUACAUAUUCUGGUUUUGCUGUUUGUUUUACAUAUGUAUGGCAUAUAACAUUUUUUGCUGCAUGUAUGGCAAUAUCUGGUUAUCGUGAAUAUCAAAAUCGUCAUGCGUUAUUAGGAUUCAAAGUAAUGUCAAUGAGUCAAUCAAAAGCUGCAAAAAGAAAUUUCUUAUACAAAGCCUUAUUUUCCGGUGGUAUCAAUCGUGAUGAUCCAGAUAAUCCACUUGAUAAUAAAGAACAUAUGUUAAUGGCAUUCUUUAAGAAUCAAGUGUCUAAAGUCAUCAAUAAUAAUUGGAUGAAAUUUUUAAUUUUAUUAAUAUUUGGUGGUUAUUUAGCUGGAGCUUGUUACGGAAUAACAAAUAUUAAAGAAGGUUUAGAAAGGAGAAAAUUAUCUAGAGAAGAUUCAUAUUCUGUUGAAUUUUUUGAUCGUGAAGAUGAUUAUUACAGAGAAUUUCCGUAUAGGAUUCAGGUUAUAAUAACAGGUGAUUUGAAUUAUUCCGAUCCAAAUACACAAAGAGAAAUUGAAGAGUUUACACAAAAACUUGAAAAUACUUCAUAUGUUACUUCACCUUUAUAUACUGAAUCAUGGUUAAGAUCAUUUUUGUCAUAUGUCGAACGUAAUAACGAUUACUUAAAUGUUUCAAUUGAUACAGAAGAAUCCUUUAUUGAUGCUUUAAAAGAAAUUUGGUUGUUCCCGGCAAAUCCAUUCUCAUUAGAUGUUAAUUUUACUGAUGAUGGUACAAAAAUUCGUGCAUCAAGAUUUUUAAUACAAGCUGUCAAUAUAAGUGAUACAAAUCAUGAAAAAGAAAUGGUUAAAGAUUUAAGAGCAUUAUGCAGUAAAUCACAUUUGAAUGUAUCAGUUUUUCAUCCAUAUUUUGUAUUUUUCGAUCAAUUUGAAUUGGUACGUCCAACAUCGAUACAAGCAAUGGUUGUCGGUGCUUUAAUUAUGAUGUUUAUUUCAUUUAUAUUCAUACCAAAUUUCUUGUGUUCUUUAUGGGUUGCAUUCAGUAUAAUUUCUAUAGAAUUAGGUGUUGCUGGAUAUAUGGCAUUGUGGGAUGUCAAUUUGGAUUCAAUUUCAAUGAUAAACUUAAUUAUGUGCAUUGGAUUUUCAGUUGAUUUUACAGCACAUAUAUGUUAUUGUUAUAUGUCAUCGAAGAAGAAGACACCAAAAGCUCGUGUUCGGGAAGCUUUAUACUCAUUAGGAUUACCUAUAGUUCAAGGAUCUAUGAGUACAAUAUUAGGUGUUACAGCAUUAUUAAUUGCCCAAAGUUACAUAUUUUUAGUAUUUUUCAAAAUGGUAUUCUUGGUUAUUUUCUUUGGUGCAAUGCAUGGUCUUUUCUUACUUCCUGUACUUUUAUCAUUGUUCGGUCCUGCCUCUUGUAGCAGUCCAAGUAUUGAUGAUGACGAUUCCGAUAAUGAAAGAGAUGAUGAAAUAAAAAAAAUCGGUGGCUUGAAACUACCAACAAUGGAAAAUAAAUUUUCUCAUCCGUAUUACAUGUCACAAACGCCAUUCACUUUAACAGGACCAUAUGGUCAAAAAGGAUUUUUGGGACCAUAUAAAGCUUAUGGUGAUGACAAAGAUUUGGGUAUCGGUACAUCUGGUGAAGAUUCAAGUGAAAGUAGUAGCAGUAAAUCACAACGCCGUCAAGCCAUUGAAGAUGAAAAUACACGCCGACGCUAUGAAGAAGGAUGGCGUAGAUCAUCAUUUCAAAAUAUAAAUUCAAUGACACAGUUCCAACCAAAUUAUUUCGGUCAAGAUGCUGCUGAUAAUUUAUGGUCCGGUACACCAACAAAUCCACCACCACCCUUAAAACGUAUUUCAACACCACCACAUUUAAAACGAAGUUAUUUUGAAGAUAAUUUUUCAAUUGGUGACAGACGUUCAUCAUAUGAAUCAAAAGAAUCACAAUCUCAAGCACAGCAGCAUCAACAACAGCAACGGGGCCGGAAAAAGUAUCGGAAAAACGAUGACAGUUAUUUUAUUGAAGAAAAUCGUAAACGUUAUAUGAGAAGGAAAUCAUCAGAUGAUAGUCAUCGUUUGGGAUAUAAUAAUCCACAACGGGACGAUGAUCAAAAUUAUAAUCUAAAUCAAAAUCAUCCAAAUAGUUAUCAACAAACAUAUCAAUUAAAUAAACAGGUAUCAGAAAGUUCACCGCAACAAUUUAGAAUUAUCAAACGAUAUUCACCAUCACCUGAGAGGCGUAACAGUUUCAUUGGUAAUGGUAGUGUUGGUAGAAACAAUAAUGGUUUGUCAUCAUAUAGAAAUCAUAAUAAUGUAUUUAGAUCAUCAUCACAAAGUAAUUUGUAUUAUUUAAAGCAAAACAGUAAUGCCUUCUAUAAAUGAUUGUUAGUUUAAAAUUUUUUAAUAUAUAUUAUAUAUAGAGAGAGAUUUAGUAUAUUUUAAAAUUUUUAAAAGGAUUAAUGAACAAAAGGAAAAUUGAUUUAAGUAUAUAUAUACACCUAUACAUAUACAUAUAAAAAUUAAUGAUUUCCUUUUAUGCUUUCAUAUUUUUGUAUUAAUGUGAACUCAAUGUGAAAAUUUUAAAAACUACAACAAAAAUCUAAGUAAUUGCACAUGAAAAUUUAGCGAAAAGAGGUUUAGCAUGAUAAAACAAAGGAUUUAUAUUAGAAUUUUUAACUAUUUAAUCAACAGUCAAGAAAAUUAUUUAAAAUUUUAUAAAUUUAUAUUUGGAUUUUAAGAAUUUUAAAACUGCUUACAUUGAAGUAUACUUAGUCUGCCGAGUUGACUUUCAUUCCUUAUGAUUUUAUUUUUGAUUUCUUUAGAAGAAUUUUUCUUGGGAAAAGCUGACAAAAUUUAAUAAAAAAAUUAUCACAUAUCUUUUAUACUUUUAUACAUACAUAUACCCAUAAGAAUAAAAGAAAGUAAAAAAUUAUUUCCAACUCUCUUUUUAUUAAGGAAUCAAUAAAUUGUAAAUAUUAAAAAUUAAACUUGAAACUCUAAUAAAAUUUAAAGUAUGAUUGAUUAUACAGACGUACAUCGUUCAUACAUUAAGUGAUAAUUUUCGUCCUCCCACAUUAUACAUAUAUGUGCUUAAAUGUGUAUGCUUUUCUUCAAAUUUUAAGUCUUAAUUUGUAAAAAGUGAUAAA